CCGGUAAUGUUUUCCUGGUGCCACAUGAAGGGUCGGGUUACUGCUGGGCAGAACUGCAAAUUAUAGAAUGAAGGAAUCAAACGAUCCUCCUCUUCUACCACAGGUUCCCAUAGUGCGCCUCCCACGUGCACCGUCUCCCAAUGGCCGUGGUUUUGAUCCCUCUUCACCCCGUGCUCUGGCCCUGUGUCCUCCAGUAACGCACCAAAAAGCCCGCUCUACCCUCCGCCAACACUUUCUCCGUAGUCUCCUGGCAUCUGCUGGACUCCCUGUUACCUUCACCCUGUACCAGCGUGUCACCGUCAGUGCUGGACGCUUUAAUGCUUGUGACAUGGAGGCAAACAACUUUCAGGUGUCCGACCUACAGACACCUCUUGGAGUGGAAAAAGAAGCACUUAUUCGAGGCCAAGAUAUCAUAUCCUACUCCUUCCAUCUCUGACACAAUGCUUCUACUCCAAAAAUGACUUGUGAAUUGGAACUGUGAAGGCUUGCUUGUGUGUUAUGUACUAGUAUUGGCAGGUUAAGUAAUCACAGCUGGCAUGUUAUGACAGUAUACUAUUGAAUUGUAUUAAGUGACACCUAGAACUGGAAUCAUGGAACUGUUAACAUGUGGAUACUCUGUGUGCCUUACCGGCAGGGAUAUAUACUAAACGUGCAGGGUUAUGCUCUAAAGUGAGAAUUGCUGGAAUUUCAGCAUGAAUUUCACAUUUUGGGCCAAAACUGCAGAAAAUUCAAACAUAGCUACAUUGGAGAAUCUGUCCAGUUCAACUACUGUCAGCCAACUUGAGAAAUUCACUUCAAAUUCUUGACAAUUCACAGUUUGGUUAAUAACCCCGUGUGAGGUGUUAAGAAAUCCAAUCGAAUUUUGAAAUUCCCUGGUGAAAUCCCAACAAGUCACGAUUUAAUGAAUAAUCCUGAUUGUGGUAUUAGGUCAACCAUACUAUAUAUGUUUUUUUUCUUGUUUUAUUAUUAUUAUGGUCUGAUGGGCAAAUCUCACAUAAUUCUCAAUUUAUGUUUGUGUUUUUUUUUAUCCAAAGUAGUUGUCUUGAUCUUUACUGUUGUUUAAGGAUGAAUCUUGAUGUUAUAAAGCUAUAUUGUUAUACCAAAUAA